CUUGAAAAAGAAAGAAGGAAAUACACAAAGGCUGCUUCUGAAGGUGUUAGUUAGAGCUUUUCUUCUCCAUACUAUACAUAUCAAUGGCGGAUCAGCGCAACAAGAUGAUGAAGAUGAAGUUGAAGAUUAGCAUCGUUAACGAAAAUCGUUUCAACGAUGAACAAGAAGAAGCCUCUUUGAGAGUUCCGAUUCCGAUUCACAGCCAAGUGGUGAAGAUCAAGAAGGAAAUCGAGAAGAUCAGACACCCUUCGCUUCAGGAGUCGGACAUGAGACGAAUUCUUCUUCUCCGCAACGCCUGCACCAGGCUUCAGCAGCACACGCGCUCUCCUCUCGGAUUGGCUGAGCGACCUCUCUCCCUUGUUGGGAAUUGAAUAUAUGAUAAUAAGAUAAGCUUCAAUUUUAAUGGAAGCUCUCUUUCUUUUCUUUUUUGCUGGUUGAACCUCUUUCUUGGUAGUUGUAUAUAGAAACAGUAGUCGAAAGUUAGUGAAAAAAUGGAAAAAUGAAACAGUUUCUUUCUUCUAUAAAUGACGUUUUAUUUUUGGUAUAAUUGUUCCUUGAUUACAAAGCUUUACAGUUAUGGAGGAUAUGAUCAAAUCUUAUUAUUGUUUGAGUACAAA